AUGGUCUUCUUCAUUCCCGUCCUCCUAGCCGUCGCCGGCAUCGCCAUCUACAAGGACCGCAAGGACCGCAAGCGUGAAAGACGAGAGCUGGAAGCUGAGGCGACAGCCAGCGGCCAGACCAUGUCUCAAAGACACCGGCAAAGCAAAAUCAACCGCAGUGGGCCCAAAGACAUCGACGCGGGUCUCCACACUAUCGAUGGAAAGGUGCCACCAGCAUAUCAGGAAUUCGAAAACGGCAACCUCAGCCUACCGUCCUAUACCUCGAUAGAGAUGCCGAAGCAUCCCGCUUUGCGUUUUGGUGGGAUGAUGCCGGCGUUCGACAAAGGAUUGCUGCCGGGAUGGGUUAUUACUUCAAGUUGA